CGUCUUCAUCUGCUUGCAAUCAGACUCACUGACUUCUUCAACUUGCAUUUCACAUAGACGUGCCCAGACGACGAUAAUAUGUCCUACAACUUUAACGGAAAAGUAGCCCUCGUUACCGGAGGAGCCAACGGUAUUGGCAUUUGCAUGGUCAGGGAACUCUUGAAAAAUGGAGUUAAGGGAGUCGUGAUGGCUGAUGUAAACAGCACACUUGGAGAAAAGUACUCCAAAGAAUUGGGAGACAAAGUCUACUUUAUGAAGGUCGAUGUCACCAACAAGCAGCAGCUGGAAAGCGCGUUCAAGAUGGCCUUCACCAAAUUUGGUGGUCUGGACAUCGUUUGCAACAAUGCCGGUAUCUUCGAUGAAGUCAAUUGGGAGAUGACCAUUGCAGUCAAUAUUAAUGCUGUCGUUCAGGGAACGCUCCUUGGUUUCCAGUACAUGGGUAAGGAUAAGAACGGCAAGGGUGGCGUUAUUGUCAAUACCGGAUCCAUUCUGGGAUUACAAGCAAUUGCAAGUGGACCAGUGUACAGUGGCACCAAACACUUUGUGGUCAACUUUGACCGAGCGUUCGGUACCCCAUUCUACUACGACCGCACCGGUGUCAAGGUAGUCACAAUCUGUCCAGGCAUUACAGACACAAUUCUACUUAAACAAGUCAAGGGAUUGGAAGCUUUUGAUGGCCUCACCAAAUACGCCAAUGACCAACUGAUGGCUAUGCCGUUACAACCAGCUGAAAAUGUCGCCAGAGGUAUGAUCACAGCAAUAUCUCAAGGUGAAAAUGGCAGCGCUUGGGUAGCUGCUCUCAACAAGCCAGCUUAUGAAGAAAAGGCCCCAAAACCAACCUUUGUUUAAAUGAAUGCCAACUAUUAAGAUAUUUGCCCCUUUGAUUAUUUGUAACAUUAAUUAUAUUAUUUUUAUAAAUA